AUGAUACACCCUGUUAUAAGGUACAAUCUUUCAGUUUCUAGAGGGUAUCUUAUAUGGAAGUUUUUGACUGUAAUAGUUUUUUUAAAAUUCACUCUUUCAGUGUUAAACCGCGCAGCAAAAAUACUCAACAAAUUUAACAAUUUUCGAACCUCUUAUUUCCAGCCAGGUUCCGUGUUAGACAAAUAUAAAGUAAUUGAUGACAAAAAAGUGAAAAAUAAAAAGGAGAUAUAUAUUGAUAAACAGCCUUCUAUUAAAAUUAAGGAAGAUAAUUGGUUAGAAGAAGCAUUAAAAAAUUUAAGAAAGGAAAGGGAAAAGGAGUUAAAGCAUAUUAUGAAAUCUGAGAUUUUUAGUGGAAAUUCGCUUGUGAUUAAUAAAACAGUGGAUUGGUCAAAAGAAUACAAUGCUAAUUUUGUUGUUGAAAUGCUUUCUAGGUAUAAUUGUGAAAAUUUUGAGUAUAUGCUUCAGAUAUAGUGUACCCCGUUAUAAUGGGCUCUAGUUCUAUAUUCCAUUUCCAGGUGAUGAUUAAUCAAGGGAGUGAGUAUAAAUGUUUCUCUAAUUUGUAAGGGGGGUAAGAGUAAGUUG